AGGGUCUGAGUGACAGCGGCCGCAGUUGAGCACAAGUAAACACAGUGAGGAGAGAGAGAGAGGGAGAGAGACAGCGAGAGAGACAGAGAGAGAGACAGCGAGAGAGAGCGCUGACCAGAGGCUGGCUUGACUUUUCACUGUGACAGCGACACGAGAGACUCCACCGACCAUCACCAGCCGCUCGCGCUGUGGUCUGACCGCUGGUGUCCGGUUCCCCCGCAGCACGAAGGAGUGCGAUGCCCUCUGACUUCACCUCGCUGCUCUUCAGCGGGGACCUCGAGCUGACUUCUCCCGGAGCCCUCCUCCACCACCGAGAAUCAGUGUAUGACCUUCUACCCAGAGAGCUGCAGUUGCCUUCCUCCACUCAGCAGAACCUAAAAGUCAUGAGUCAAAAGAGUGGCGGAGAGGCAGGGCCUCCUCCUUCUGCUUCUCUAGCAUCAGAUGCCAUGUCCAUGGAAGGCCCCCGCAGUGCUUUUUCCACCUCUUCCAGCUCCACCAUACAUUCCAGCUCUUCAGCCAGUGACCAGAACCCAGUCCACAGCAACAAUGUUGACCAGGAAGAUGCCAGGAAUAGCCGUGUGGUACCGGAGGUUGUCGGAGCAGAGAACGGGAAUGGCAACGGCAGUGGUGGCGGUAACUGUAGGGGGAGCAGUGAACUGGGAGCUGGAAGAGGUGCAACAUCCCAGGAGGCCCAGUCACAUCACCAGAUGACCCCGUCUAAGCGCCGCACCGUACUGAACAUCUCUCCCCCUCCGCAAGACUUGUUUGAUGACAGCCGCAUGUCCUGCCAGAAUGAAGCCUCCCUGGACUCAGAGCAGAGUAACAGCAUCUGGAUGGAUGACUCUCUCUCCAACUUUAGUAUCAUGAGUAGUGUUUCCUACAAUGACAACACAGAGGUACCAAGAAAGUCCCGUAAACGUACCCCUCGACAGAGGCCUGGACCGAAGGCUGUGCCUGCAGGGGAAGCCAGCAUGGACGUGUUUGAUGCAGACAGUGCUAAAGGCCCGCACUUUGUCCUGUCACAGUUAGGACCUGACAACAAGACAGCAUCAAAAGGAAGCUCCGACAAUCCUCAGGCAGCUAACCAUAAAGGGGGGACUCUUUCGAUGCAAUACCCACCGAAGAGUGAGGGGAAGGAGCUGAAGAUCCACAUCCAACCUGAGACUCAGCACCGAGCCCGCUAUCUGACUGAAGGCAGCAGAGGGUCAGUGAAGGACCGCACGCAACAAGGCUUCCCUACUGUAAAGCUGGAGGGUGUGAACGAGCCAGUUAUUUUACAAGUGUUUGUGGGCAACGAUACCGGGCGUGUGAAGCCUCAUGGGUUUUACCAAGCGUGCAGGGUGACUGGCCGCAACACUACAGCCUGCAAGGAGGUGGACAUUGACGGCACAACUGUCAUUGAGGUUUCCCUUGAUCCAAGCACCAACAUGACACUAGCGGUGGACUGUGUCGGGAUCUUAAAGCUCCGUAACGCUGAUGUCGAGGCUCGUAUUGGCGUCGCUGGGUCCAAGAAGAAGAGCACACGCGCCCGCCUGGUGUUUCGGGUCAACAUCCCCCGUUCAGAUGGAUCAAUGCUCACACUCCAGACUCCCUCAUCUCCAAUCUUGUGUACCCAGCCUGCAGGGGUGCCUGAGAUCUUGAAAAAAUCACUGCACAGUUGUUCAGUGAGGGGCGGAGAAGAAGUCUUCAUCAUCGGCAAAAACUUUCUCAAAGACACCAAAGUCAUAUUUCAGGAGAAUGUUUCAGAUGAGAGCUCGUGGAAGGCUGAGGCUGAAAUUGACAUGGAGCUGUUUCACCAGAAUCACUUGAUAGUGAAGGUUCCUCCCUACCAGAAUCAAGCCGUCACCUCUGCAGUGUACGUAGGAGUCUAUGUGGUGACAAAUGCUGGGAGAUCUCACGACGUUCAGCCUUUUACUUACACUCCAGAUCCAGCACAACAUGAUGUUCCUGUGAAGAAAGAGAUGCCUUCUCCAGUGAAGACUUGUACUUUUGAUGAACAAGUUAAAGUUCUGGAUAGUGCUUUAUUGCCCUCAAUGUUGCCUUUAGUGAAAAGAGAAGACAUCACUCCGAUGGAAGUGACCAGCAACCUCCAAUCUUCUGGUGUUUAUAAGACUGGUGACCUGUGUCAAGCCCAGCAGAAUCCAGACAUGGCUGCAGGACAUCUAAAUAAAAACAAACCCUUCUCCAACAACCUGUCUCAGGCUGCAGGUGACCCUGACAAAGGUCAGGCUUCUGUUUUUACCAACACUGAGUCCCUGAGCACCAUCCAGAAGCAGGACAUUGCUCCCACCAGCUCAUUUCCUGUGCCUCCAGACUCCCUGCUCCAGCAAGGCUCCCAGCAAUUCCUCCUGGAGCCCAGAGAGGGCCGCGGCCAGGAGAGACCAGGCAGUGGCUCUGGAGUUGUGGGGAGGCUGUGUGGAGAACCUACACCCCAGCAGCAGCAGCAGCAGCAGCAACAGCAGCAGCAACAGCAGCAGCUGCCACUGUUCCCUCUAGAUGAGGUGGCCCAGCUUGAGGAGGCAGUGAGACAACUUAAAGCCAAAGGGUUCUGUAACUUACCUCUUCAGUCUGACAACUCCAUGGCCAAACAGCAGCAGCAGCAGCACAUGCAGCACCAACAACAGAUCCAAAAACAGCAAAUCCAGCAGCAACAACAGCAACAAAUGCAGCAGCAGCAACAGGUGCUGGAGAAUUUACAGCAGCAUCUGUAUCAGUCACAGAUUCAGAUGCAGUGUGGCAUGUUUCAGGAUGCCACCCAGGGCAAGAACUCAGAACAGCAGGGCUCAUCACAAGGAGUGGUGCCAAACCCGGGAUCUCUCUUCCAGCACCCGCAACAGCAGCAGCAGCAACAGCAGCAACAGCAGCAACAGCAACAAGCAGCUCUCUUUCAACAGGCAAACGACCUACUUUCUAUUCAGACCAACUUCCUCCAGCAAACACCCUCUCACCCUUCACCACCCAUGUUCCACAACCCCAGCUCUCUGGCUGAAACACAAGAUCCACAGGGGGCUCUAUUUCAGAAGGCUUCUCAGGAGCAGGUCCAGGCCGCUCUCUUUCAAAACACCAUGACAGUACUACAGUCUUCAGAGCAACAGCCCGCAACCCCUGGACUUUUCCUCCCCCAAUCCUCCCUGCCCACUCAGCUCACAACCAGCAAUUCUCAACAACAACAACAGCAGCAGCAACAGAAGCAGCAGCAGCUGGUCUUCCUCAGUGCCCUACAGUCCCCUGCACCUGAACCACAAUCAGUAUUUCAGGCUCAGACCCAGCUCUCCCCCAUCCAGCAGAGGAGUCCCAUGGAGCAGCAGCCGCCCUCCCAGCCUCAGACCCACACCCAGCCAACCCAGCAAGCUCCCUUAUUCCAGAACAUCUCCCCACAUCCACCUGCAAACACACUCUCUCCAGGCCAGCAGCAGCAGCAGACUGGCCUCCUGUUCUGCAAUAACACUCUGUCCACCCCAGACCAGGCCUCCAGCCUUAUGUUCAACAGCCAGGGCCAGAUGCCACCUCUGACCAGCAGCAGUCUGGUUUCUCAAGAGCCCCAAAACUCCUCUCUGCUCUUUUCACAAUCCAAUCUGGUAACGGUGAACCAGCAGGAUCGCUCUGAACCAAUGGCCUUGGGGAACCCCACCCAUCCACGACAGCAAGUCAUGUUUCAGGAGCAACAGCCCAUGCAGCUGGGCAGCAGCUCAAACAGCCGGCAGGAGUUGCCGGUGGGCCUCUUCAUGCCUCAGUCCAACAUGGCCUCUCUGCAGGGGGGACUGGCUCAAGAGCUGGCACAGUCAGCCAUGUUCGCUCCACAGAACGGUGUGACGAACCUUCAAACGACCACCCCCUCCCCUGUUCAACAGCCAGGAACGCUCUUUCAGACGGCUGUGAGUGGGAGCAUCAAUCAGCCCAGCCAGCCUCAACAACCUGGCCUGUUUCUGUUUGGGAUUCAGAAUGGAUGUGGCCAGUUGAUGAAUACUCCUGGAAACACACUGUCGGAUCAGAUCAUAGCCAUCAGCCAGUCUGGUCAGAACCAAAGAGAGAGUGAUGCUCGUAUCCAGUCUCUACUCAAUCAGUCCCUGUCUCAGUCUGGGACUGUGCAGAACAGCAUGUCCGCAUCGCAGAACAUGGAAAAGAUCGACGACCUGCUGGUCAGCCUGCAGGAAUCCGGCAGCAACUUAAGUCGUUCAUAUUAACUUCCCUACAUUAUUCUUUUACUGAUAUUAUGUAUUGAAAAUGACACACAGGUAAACGCAUAUGAAUUUGUUUUGACAAAAUGUGCAUGAUGUUCGUCACCAAAUAUUUCUCUAGCCUACUCACACAUAAUUUAGUCUUCAUUAGGAAAAAAACUGUGAAGGUGAGCUCAACAUUGUCAUGGCUAUGGCAGAAUACGUUGCUUAAAAUCAAACUGGAGAAAUUAACGAAGAUAGUGAACUAGAAAUUUGUGUUGGACUUUCUUGGCCGAGCAGUUUGACCAAGAGAGGCGAAUAUCUCUUUAAAGACUGACUGACUCCCCAAUGUUAAAACAUGCAUGUGAAAACUGAGGUGGACUGUAGAUGAGAACUGUGAGAACAUUUGUCAUAGCUGUCUGAUGAUGAUGGAUGAUGAGGGAGGUGAAAUUUAGGCCAAAUUUUCGUUCAUAUAUCUUGUGAAUUUUUGUUAAUAUCAUAUAUAUAUGUAGAUUGUGAGUCGUGUUGUUUGGUUGUCAUGGUGUUUUUCUAAAGUGUUCUCCAAAGUGUCCGGUGGUUCCCGUGAAUAGUGUUCCCUUUAAUACUUCUUUCGUAGUUUUGUUGUUGUUGGAUAGAGGGUGAAGCGCGUGGUACGGCAGGAAUGUUUGGAAGGACUGUGGUAUGAACGGUUGAAUACAUCAUAGAUGUCGAAGAUAUAAUCGCUGUUGACGGGGGUUUGAAAUUUGAAAUAUUCCCGACAGUGCGGAAAGUGAAGAGAAGGUGAGAGGGGAAGAGCGGAGAAAGGAAACUGAGAAGUAGAAAACGAAUAGAAACAUUUCUUGUCUUAUGUGAUGUGUAGUCACAAACAUGUGUGUGUCAUGUAUGUGGAUGCUUAUUAUUUCAAUGUUGCAGCAGCUAGCUCACACCUGAUGAUAUGAAUGAGUUCACUGUAGCUGUUUCUGAGGCCACAAAGUGACGUAGGUUUUCAUUGAUGAUAUGAUAUAGACAGAAACUGCCCUCAGUCUGUGUCUAAGAACUUUAAAAACAAAAAACCCAAAUAAUAAAGUUUAGGCCUGUUUGGUACAGUAAUAAAAAAAAGAAUCUUUGUCAUAGAGCAAGUAGCGAUCAGUAACACGAUCCUCACCUGCUCUAAAGCAUAUCUUUCUAUAUUAGAUAUUUUGCCGUCACCACAGUGUACACAUAGCACUUUGUAAUGUAGUAUAAAUGAACAGGCUAACAUUUAGUCUGUAUUCAUCAAAACCAAACUGUGUCAGUUUGAUACUAUUUACAGCUUAGUCUCCUUUGAAUACAUUAGGAAGAAAUAACUCUUUUAAGAAAGUGUAGUGGUAGAAAUGUAACAAAUAAUGGCUGAUGUGUUUGUUUGCUUUUUUUACAUGUAUAUUCAGCACUUUAUGAUGCUGUGACGACUUAACUCAUCCAGGGUACACUACAGUCCCACGAGAGGUGGCUUUCCUUUUUUUUUUUAAAUCUCAGCCACCUCUUCCUCAUUGUUUACAGUGAACAAGAUACAUUUCCCAUGUGUUUGCAUGGCAACGCUCAUGUAGUCGAGCAAACUCAACAAACAUAUUUCCACUAGAAUUUAGUUUUGAGAUAUUAUAUCAUACAGUUAAAUUUAACAUCUCAUUUCCAGCCAUGUUACAACUACUACUUUUCAUUCCCAAAACUAAGUGCGUUAUUUAUAUCCGGAGAAAAGAAAAGUGCUUAGAAAAUCUGGACAAAUGAGGAAAGAUGUGGUUCAAGACAUUUUUAUUCAAAUGCUGUGAUUUCACUCGACUUAUUUAAUUACAUGCAUCUACAGUAGAGAGAGAGUAGAAUGUAAUACAGUAUAUUAAUAUUAUGUUUUUGUCUUAAGGGUAGGAUGGAUUUGUGUUGUAGAGUCAUUUUGCGUCAGGAACGCACGAACUGGAGUAGUAUUCUUAAACGAGCCGUUUUAUUCAAGUGAUGGAUUUAGUUGAAUGUUGUCGUUUGUCGGCUACAACUGUACAUUAUGUUUCUCACCUGGAUCAACGUAUUAACAUGCAGUAACAGAGCCCUUUUUUAUGUUUUCCUUUAAUUGGAAACUCAUCUACAGAUUUAAUGUUGGCCUGUGGCCUCAGGACCAAAGUAUGACUCCAAUACUGCUUUGCAUGAAUCCUGAUGACAGGCCAGUUUUAUGGCUCAUGAGUUUGUGUUUGCUUUUAUUUUUUCCUACUUGCAAUUAAACUUAUUAGAAAAUCAUAGACAGCCUAUUCUUUUCCCUCCUAAAGAUACAGAUUUCAUUGACGUCACUUCUUUCUCUCUGUUUAUUGUGUUUUUGUGUCGUAUGUGGUUUUACUGUACGUGUGUGUGCAUGAACAAGGGGCUGGUCUCUGCUGAUGACAGAAUUGGCUCAGUUUAAUGCAUUGUCUUGUUUGUCUCUGUACAGUUUGUCAGAAACUCAUAAACACAGUUACAUUUUAUACACUUUUCAAUCAGCGUGUUUUUGUGACUUGACCAAUGUGAUUUGUGGAACUACAGUGUGUUGGUUUGAGCAGUUAGAUGGUGUUUUUUAAAGGGACCCUACUCCUGAAGGAAACCUGACUUUGGAGAAAAGAGCUAUCUGUGAUUGGCUUUCUUCAACUUGUGAAGUAGAAAAAUUGAGAUCUCCAGUGUUGAAUAUUUAUGAUUUUAUUUGUUUUUGUUUGUUUUACAGUUAGUUUUUUUCUAGUACCUGUUCCUCGUUUUGGAGAAUCUAAUUUAUUUGUGUGUUGGUUAUUAUCUAAAUUGUUUCCCGUAAUCAUAGUUCUCAAUGUACUGAUGAGCCCCCACACUCUGAAUGAUAUACAUUCCUAUGCACAGUUGCUCCUUUGUGAAUCAGUAUACAACUUAAUGAACAUAUCAUAUCAUGUGUAUGUUCGAGACUUUUAAUUGGCCCUUAAGUUGUGUUUAAAGUUAAAAGCAGAGAAAAAUUGCACCGAACUUCAAAAGUUUAAAAAAAAUAGGACCAACAAAUUUCAGUAUUUUUACUAUGACUAUAAUUCUAAAUGUGAUUAUAAAGCGUGGCUGUAAAUGCUUCGCUUAAGUUCCAGGAUGUUCUUUUGUACACACACUGGGGAGGUAAUUACUUUUUUGUAAUUACAGUUUCCUCAUUUGUUUAUUUACAAUGUAACUGUAGAUCAGAAAUACACGAGUGUUACUCUUCAUACAGUCUUUACUAAUUGUAUGUAAAAGAGCAGGAUUGUUGAUAAAAGUUCUCACUUUUUCCAAGAAGCUACAAACUAACAUUCACUGUUUUCCUGCAAUAGAACAAGACGGGGCUUGUUAUUAACAUUACCAGUUCAUUUAAUACCAACAAACUGAGUUUGCUAUCACAGGUUUUUUUUUCCUAACAUGUCACUUUAGACACAAAUAUAAGCUGUACAUGUGCCUUGAGGAGAUGUUGUAGUAUCGACCAGAUGUUUUACCGUUGUCUGUUUAACAAGCCGCUUGCCCCUGUAGGCCGGUGACGAUUAGUCCUCAUUAACUAGAAUGUUUUAAGCCAUAAGACUUUAAGUGUGCUUUAAAUGCUCAACAGCAGUGACCAGAUAAAUGUGGUUGUGGUUGUUACAUGUGUUGUGCAAUUCCUGUCAUGCAUCUUAUUUGUUUGUACUGAAGUAUCCUUUGCAUUUAUGUUACACGACGUAGAUGCAGACAAACUUUUUCUCUGAAACUGCUAUGCAGCUAAUAUACUGUAAAUGUAGAUCUGUUAGUUUUUGAAUAUAUAUUUUUCUAUAUAUGGCCUCUCCUGAGAAACCAAAAUAGAUGUUCUUUCUAUUAUUUAUGUUGCUUGUUGAAAUGUUUUCUGAUGCUUUAAGUGCCACCUGAAACCGAUUAGAAAUCUUUCAGUCAGUUGAAAUUUAAAUUUCUCUUUUCAACAUUGAUGUUCUUUUCUUUCUUUUUUGAUUCAAAGGUCACUAAUUGUAUUUUUUAUUACAUUGUUUCUAAUAAGGUGAAUGUGGUGGUUUGUUAUAUCCAGGCCUGUUGUUUAUUGGUGUAGUGGUUCCUUGUCUUUAUGAUUUCUCUCAGGGCCUUGGAGAUAUCAUAUAUUCUUAUUCUGACCAAUAGCAUCAAUGCAUGAUAGUUUUGUGUAAUUUAACUACACAUUCUGCAAAACAAUAUUCAAUGUAAUUUAUCCCGACUUUGUUCUGAGUCUGACAUUAUAAUUUUCCAAAAAUGUGCCUUUUCCAGAUCUCUGUAAUAUCGUUAAAGUCCAUUCCCUUAACACAAGAGAACCACUUUACCAGUAAACAGCUUCUUUUAGUCCUGGAAAUAACGAGGGGGAAAUUUAGUCUUUUUGUUUCUAAAAAUGUGAACAAUCGUCUGAUAAUCACCCUGGGGAGAAAAAAAUCUUUCUAUAUAUUUGGCUUUUGUUGGGACAUUUGUUUUUUUCUCUUGCAAAUACACUUUUGUAAACUUGCUGCUAUCUCUAUUAAACAUAUACACGUUCAA